AUGGCGGACACGAUGGAACAGCCCGGAACGGAUGUCGUGGUGUACGCGAACGGAAAUUCGGUACCGAGCGAUCAGGAGAUUAUGGACAGCAUGGUGCAGGUGCGCUUUCUGCAUGCCAAAAAAUAAGAUCGCGAUUAUUCACAUUUGUUCAGGAAAAAAUCCAGAUUGCAAUUGAUACGACUUUCCAUGGUUAUUGUCGGUAUUGAGUUCCUGUAUGCAGCCGAGACGGCCUUUGUCACACCGAUCCUGUUGGGCAUUGGGUUGUCCCACACUUUCAUGACAAUGAUCUGGGCCUUCUCGCCAGUGUUAGGGUUCUUCUUCGCGCCCAUGAUUGCCUCCUUCAGUGAUACCAUACGGAUACAGUGGGGACGGCGUCGGCCCGUCCUACUAGCGUUGGGUCUCGCGAUGAUGACUGGCAUGUGGAUACUGCCUCACGGUAAAACCAUCGGUGUGUUCUUCGGUGAUCCAGACGUUCCAGUCGAUCAGAUGGAAGGCUUUCGGUGGUCUAUUCCGGUUACAAUAGUAGGGCUCGUGCUUACGGAUUUCGAUGCCGAAACGAGCAAUGGUAUUGCACGAGCCUACUUUAUGGACAUGUGCACACCAGAUGAUCAAGCACGAGUUCUGACAACGGCUAUGUUUAUCGGUGGGCUCGGAGGUACGGCCGGGUAUGUACUGGGAGCGAUCGACUGGAGUCAAACCAAUCUUGAUAUCCUCGGCAGCAACGAAGCGACUGUAUUCCUGUUCGUGUUUAUCGUACUCGGAAUCGGAUUGCUGAUCACAUUAACCAGUUACCGUGAGGUGCCUUUGCCCUUGAUCGAGAGCGAUCCACUGCUGCGACCGAUCAACUCCAACGCGUUCGAGGCGGAGAAGUCUCGCCAGCUGGCCGUGUACAGCAUCUCCAAGGACGUUCUGGUCGAUCCGGUGAAACCAGACAAGGAGGCAGCACAGUCGAUGGAUGAGGACGAUGACGACAAGCCCCUGAAGCUGCGUGAUUUCGUGCGGAACAUUAUCCGGAUGCCAAAGAGCCUUUUCAUACUGUAUUCGACACAGUUCUUCUCACAGCUCGGCUACCUCAGCUACUGUCUCUAUUUUACCGACUUUGUGGGUGCUGAAGUGUUUGGAGGAGAUGUUUCCGCACCACCGGGAUCACCGGAAGCGGCACUGUAUGAAGAAGGGGUACGGUACGGUUGCUGGGGUAUGGCAGUGUUUGCCGUGUGCAGCGCAUCCUACUCGGCCAUCAUCGAACAGUUGGUGAAGCGAUUCAGCGCUCGCCCAGUGUACAUUGGAGGACUGGUGCUGUUCAGCUUGGGCAUGUUGCUUAUGGGACUGUUCAGGGAGAAGUUUAUGAUCUUCAUUGCCUGCCCGACUGUAGGCAUUAUGUACGCCACGAUGUACUCUCUGCCGUACUUACUGGUGUCUCAGUAUCACUCGAAAAAUUCGUUUGAAAUGAAGGAUGGAAAAUGUAUACCAAACACAACUAAGCGCGGUUUCGGUGCUGACGUUUCCCUGAUGAGCAGCAUGCUUUUUCUCGCACAGCUCAUCAUAUCGCUUGCCAUCGGAAGCAUUAUUGAUGCGGUUGAAUCGAACGUGGUGGUCAUCUUCUCGGCAAGCAUUUUCUCCCUGGUAGCUGCCUUGACGGCUUCCCAGAUUGUCUACAUGGGACUGUGA